ACAAAAUGACUACAAGAAAAUUUAUUGUUUUACUUUUCUUCAUAUUGCACUGCAAUGAGAAAAGCGUCAUGUCCAAUACCGUCGAGCAGCCCUCUAGCCGUCUAAGAAACAUUUUCAAAAUUCAGAAAGAAAACAAAUUCAACAGCUACAGAGCUCGCGUGAAAUCAAUGCGAAAUCGAAAGGACGAUAAUGAUGAGGGAUUUCAUUUUUUAGUGACCGGUGGUUAUCGACCUGAGGUCAAUGAGCUUGCUAAAUAUGUUGUGUCGAUUCGUACUCCUGCAGAAAUGUACUUUGGGGAUUCUCACAUCUGUGGUGGAACGAUAAUUUCAAGGGACACUAUUUUGACUGCAGCACAUUGUUUAUACGAUCGCAAAGAGUUUAAAGGUUCAACGUAACCCGAAAUAUUUAACGGUAGUUGCCGGCACACCGGGUCGUUUGUUAAAAACAGACCAAACUCAAGAGAUGGAAGUUAGGAUUAUAAUUUGCCAUCCACGUUAUUCUAGGCAAAAACAUGAUGUUGCCCUAUUAAAACUAGUCGGAAAGCUUCAAAUUGAUAAUGAAUUUGUUGGCAUAAUGAAUAUAACCGGUAAACCGCCAAAGGCGGGGCUUCCAUGCACUACGGCAGGCUGGGGUGCAUUAUUUAAGGAUGGACCCCUGCCGGAUAUUAUUACUAACGGUGACGUACAGAUUCAAGCAAUGUCAAAGUGUAGAGAGAAUGAGGAUGCCCGCAGGUUAAUGAGUGUAGGAAUGAUAUGCGCUGGUAAUCCCCAUAAUCGUGAAAUUGACGCCUGCAAUGGUGAUUCGGGUGGUCCACUGAUUUGCGAGAAUAAGUUGGUUGGGAUUGUCUCUUGGGGUGUAGGUUGUGGCCGUAAGGAUUCGUAUGGCUUUUACACCGAUGUGUACUAUUACAAAAAAUUUAUCGAUGAUAAUGCUGCAACUCAAGCAAAAGUCAUGCAAUGCUGGUACUAUCUACUGCUAGUUCUGUUGGCUAUAUGUCUGCUCUAAAUAGAGUUCGAUGUUUAUGCCUUGCAGUGAUAAAAUUCAAUUCAAGCCAAAUCAAACUGAUCAAACUAAUUCAAAAUUAAAGAUUAUACGUUCAAGAACUAAAUCAGCUUAGAAGUUUUUAUAACUAAAUAAAACUUUCGAUUCU